CUGUUUCAGUUUCCAAGUUGGAUGAACGAAAGACGCAAUGUACUUUUUAAAACAUCUGUUUUAAUCCUAUAAAUUGUUCGCAUUAUUUGCCAGUAAAUAAAUUAAUCAUCCAUUAAAAUGACCCCUGCGAUGGUGGAGAACCGUCUCGCACCGGAGAACAUCGAGUCGUUCGUGAAUGACUGCCUCCGGGAGGAUCUAAAACUGUACGAGCAGCAGCUGACCCGACUGAACGCGGAAAUCAUGGAGUACGUGCAGCUCAAAAACAUGAUUGAAAACAUCCAGGAAAACGCCUCCGAUGGGUUCAAAACGCAGGUCAACAUCGGCGGAAACUUCUUCAUGAAGGCCAAAGCGGACCGGGUCGAGCGGAUUUUGGUUGACGUUGGGCUGAAGCACUUCGUGGAAUUCAGCCUGGAGGAAGCGCUCAAAUUCGUGGACAUGAAGGUCAAGGUUUUGACGAAACAGGCGGAUGUGAUUCGGGACAAAAGCGUCGAAACCAGAGCCAAUAUCAAGCUGGCGCUGAUGGUGAUCGGAGAUACGAAUAAGCUGUACGGUGGCCAAGAGCGGUGAUGGUUUAAUUUGUUAUAUUCUUAAAUAUUAGAAAUUACAUAUUUUUGCUUGUUGAAAGCUGCAAUCUCAAA